CCAGUCUCGCGCCAACAACCUCUUCCGCCCAGACGCAGCCGCAGCCGCAGCCCCGGACCCGGCGCCGCCAUGCCCAAGUGCCCCAAGUGCGACAAGGAGGUGUACUUCGCUGAGCGGGUGACCUCUCUGGGCAAGGACUGGCAUCGGCCCUGCCUGAAGUGUGAGAAAUGUGGGAAGACGCUCACCUCCGGGGGUCACGCUGAGCAUGAAGGCAAGCCCUACUGCAACCACCCUUGCUACUCUGCCAUGUUCGGACCCAAAGGCUUUGGGCGGGGUGGAGCUGAGAGUCACACUUUCAAGUAAACCCAGGCUGUGGAGACCUCGUCCCCACCUGCUGGGCCACUCUUCAGGCAGAUGCCAGGCCUCAGCCCAGACGCCCAGGGCCCCCUUGUACCCACGGUACCUUCAAUAAACCUACACUUGGAAGA